CACCGUGGCGCACCAGAUCACUAAAAGCCGCGAAGUCGGGGUGGGGAGCAGAAACGAAACGUGAAACGCGUAGAGGCAGCUCUCCUCUUCACUCUCUCUCUCUCUCUCUCUCUCUCUCUCUCAAUUCGGUCGCUCCGGAGUUGAGCACGUCGGAAAAUUCACCGCAGCCAUGAUUUCCUCGGGCAAGAUCAAGUCGGUCGAUUUCUACAGGAAAAUUCCAAGAGAUUUGACGGAAGCAUCAUUAUCAGGUGCAGGAUUGUCUAUAGUAGCAGCUCUUGCCAUGAUGUUUUUAUUUGGAAUGGAACUGAAUAAUUAUUUGACCUUCAGCACCUCUACAUCUGUUAUUGUUGACAGGAGUACUGAUGGGGAUUUCUUACGCAUUGAGUUUAAUAUCAGUUUUCCUGCACUAUCAUGUGAAUUUGCAUCCCUUGACGUCAGUGAUGUGUUGGGAACAAACAGAUUGAAUAUAACAAAAACCAUUCGCAAGUUCUCUAUAGGUCCAGAUCUGAGGCCCACCGGCUCUGAGUUUCAGUCUGGUCCUGUUUUACAUAACAUUAAGCAUGGGGAUGAAGGUGAUGAGUAUUCUGGUGAUGGUUCUGUUUCACUAACUGCUCAUAAUUUUGAAAGAUUUACUCAACAUCAUCCUAUUCUGGUUGUCAAUUUUCACGCUCCCUGGUGCUACUGGAGCAAUCGCCUGAAACCUUCAUGGGAGAAGGCUGCCAAAAUAAUGCGAGAAAGAUAUGAUCCAGAAAUAGAUGGGCGUAUUCUUUUGGCAAAGGUGGAUUGCACUGAAGAAGGUGACUUGUGUAGGAGGAAUCAUAUUCAAGGAUAUCCAUCGAUUCGUAUUUUUCGAAAAGGAAGUGAUUUAAGGGAGGACCAUGGGCACCAUGAGCAUGAAUCUUAUUACGGAGAUCGAGAUACAGAUAGCUUGGUCAAGACAAUGGAAGCUUUGGUUGCACCUAUCCCCUUGGAGUCUCAAAAGCUGGCGUUAGGUGGUAACAAUGAGACUGAGAAUGCAAAAAGACCAGCACCAUUGACAGGAGGAUGUAGAAUUGAAGGAUAUGUGCGUGUAAAGAAGGUUCCUGGAAACCUUAUCAUUUCAGCUCAUUCAGGAACUCAUUCCUUUGAUGCCUCUCAAAUGAACAUGUCUCACUACAUAUCACAUCUUUCAUUCGGUAGGACAAUUGCUCCUAAGGUGAUGAGUGAUGUGAAGCGAUUGAUACCUUAUCUUGGUCGAAGCCAUGAAAGGUUGAAUGGACGAUCUUUUAUAAAUCACCGUGAUGUAGGAUCUAAUGUCACAAUAGAGCAUUAUCUUCAGAUAGUUAAAACGGAAGUCAUAACAGGAAGAUCUCACAAAUUAAUCGAGGAAUAUGAGUACACUGCCCACAGCAGUUUGAUAGAGAGUCUGAACAUCCCUGUUGCAAAAUUCCAUUUUGAGCUCUCCCCCAUGCAGGUUUUAGUAACAGAAAAUGAGAAAUCCUUUUCGCAUUUUAUCACAAAUGUGUGCGCUAUUAUUGGAGGCAUUUUCACGGUAGCAGGAAUAUUGGAUUCAAUUCUGCACAACACCCUUAGGCUGGUUAAGAAGAUUGAACUAGGCAAAAACUUUUGAUACAUAGGUCAAAUUUCUUGAAGUGUACAACGAAUUCUUUAUUUGCCUCACCUAAUUUUGUGAAGGGACCUGUACUAUUGACAAAUAUUUCAAAAGAGAGGUGCAACAAAGCAUGAAAAGUGCCACAUUUUGCAUACGAGUUUCAUAUAGAUUUAUAUGCCUCUUAA